ACUGAUCCGGCCCGCCUCCAGAGAGGGCACUGUCAAACAGCGGACUCAAUGCUGACACCUGGCGGAUCCGCACACCUCUCCCGCCUUUUCCCUCAACAGUUCAAAUACUUAACGGCUGAGUCGCAGUUGCUGAUCGUUCCCUCGCGCCUCUCAUUGUGAGGACACUUAGGAUACAAACGAGCCACCAACGCCUGCAUCCUGUCAUGUCAUGUGAUUUCCUGUGAGCUGUCAAAUUCAGUCGCUGUCACAGUCUGUGUUCGACUGAUUUGACAUCUGCUCCACCUGCCAGAAAGUGAGCCGUACCAACAGGACUUGAGGAACAACACUAACUCCAGAUCAGGGGUCUUCACUUCAGUGUGCCCUUGGUGUAAGGGGUGCAGAGCAGGUUGUUUUGAUGCAGAUUGGGGAAGUAACUUUUUUCAGUGUGAGUUGCAGUUUGGGUGGAGAUGUUUUUCGACUUGUGUUCGACAUGAAGUGAGAAGAUUGGUGUUUGAACCUUUGAUAUUAAAGAGGAAGUGCAGGGAGAAAAAAAUGGAGGAGCACACAACUGUCAACUUCAGGAGACUCCUGUCAGAGGAGAGCAGUCAUUCCACCGUGUCGUCGGACUCCUGUGAGUACUACCAGACAGAGAUAUUUGAUCAGCUGCCCAGCAUCCAGGCCAGUCGGCCCGAGCAGGACAGACGGGGUUCUUGGGAAGCCUGCGAGGCCCACCAGAGUGGCCCAGAAGCAGGAGAGAGGAUCAGUCAUGGACACCUGUCCAGAGGAUCCAAAGACAAGGGAUCAACACAGCCGCUCAGGGACCUGGUCAUGUGUAUUCAGGGGAAGAGAGACGCCAGGGACAGGAGGAAGAUGCAAAUCAGCAAUAUUGGUUUUUGGGAGUCCUGGAGGCGGAGCCAGAGCAUCAACAGGAAGAGGGUUUGGGCGCAGGUGGGAGGAGCUCUAUCAUGCCUGUUGCCAUGGCAGCGCACUCUCCACGCCAUCGAAGGCAGGUUUGGAGUGGGCGUGAAGGCUUACUUUGUGUUCCUCAGAUAUCUGGUCUACUUGAACCUACUGUACUGUGCUCUUAUCUUUGGUUUCAUCCUGGGGCCUACAAUAUUUUUUGGCAGGAGCAACAGCAGUGAACCUUUGAAGUUUGGAGGCAAUGACACCGUUUUGGAUUUCUUCCUGGGAUCGGGCUAUCUGGACCGCUCUCCAGUCUUCUAUGGUUUCUAUACUCGUGGUUCCCUUAAUUUGCAAUGCUUGAAUACACCUCUGCUGUACCUCGCUGGAAUUCUCACCAUCCUCUUCUUCAGUCUCAUCCUGGUGGUCCGCAGAACGAUGGUUGGCUACAAGCACACCUGGAUGCUCGGGAAGCGUUACAGUAUGAACAUGUGCUACAAGAUCUUUUGCGGUUGGGACUUCACCAUCCAGGACCCCAAUGCCGCUACUCUCAAACACAGCUUCAUCAGAAACGAUCUCAAGCUGUUCCUGGAGGAGCAGAGUUUCUCCCUGCGUGAGGCUCAGAGGACACUUGGACAGAGGGUGCGUCUCUACCUGCUCAGGUUCGUCCUCAACCUGCUUGUUCUGUCCCUGCUGGGUGGAGCCUUCUACCUCAUCUACUUCGCCACCAAAACAUCAAUGUCCGAGAGUGGGCACCACUGGUUGAUCAGCCUGUUCCUCGAGUACCUCCCUCCCAUCACCAUCCUCUUUGUCAACCUGCUCCUCCCUCACAUUUUCCGCAAGAUCUCAUCUUUUGAAGACUACUCUUUCACCAUGCAGGUCAAUGCCACGCUUGUGAGGAGCAUCUUCUUGAAGCUGGCCUCACUGGGGAUCUACUUAUUUUUCCUCUUCACAACGACAAAAAGUCAGCAACAUCCUUCUCACUGCAGGGAGAACAUGUUUGGUAGAGAAAUGUACAAGCUGUGCAUCUUCAACUUCCUCGCCACUUUCUGCAAUGCAUUUUUCUUGAACUACCCCAGGAAGCUGUUGCAGGAGAGGUGCCCCUCAUCCUUGCUGGCCCGGUUGUGGGGGAAACAGCACUUUCUGAUCCCUUUCAGUGUGUUGGAUCUGGUGUACAGUCAGACAGUGUCCUGGGUGGGAGUCUACUACUGCCCUCUGCUGCCUCUGAUAGGGACUGUCAUACUGAUGGUCAACUUCUACAUCCAAAAGUUCACGGUCCUGAAGUGCUGUGUGGCAGAGCAGAGGAUGUUUCGAGCCUCCAGCUCCUCCGUUUUAUUCUACUUCAUGUUGCUGCUCGGCCUCCUCAUGGCUGUAACCACACUGGGCUUCAACCUCUACCACCAAGAAGACACACCGGACAAAAACAUUUUGUUCCCCUCCAUCCCCUCCUGUGGUCCAUUUGGAAACGGAGAAAGUGUGUUUAAUGUGACCGGAGUGUGUGUGGAGACUCUCCCAGGCCCGGCACAGAACACUCUCCGCUACCUGGCCUCUGAGGCCUUCGCCCUGCCGCUCAUACUAGCUGAGAUUAUAAUCUUAACCUCAUAUGUGUCACGGCGACGAGCCAAUCAGAAGGCCAUUGAGAGACUGAAAGACAUGCUGAUUUUGAGCAGUUCAGAUAAGCGUUUCCUGGUGAAACAGCAUGCCACGCUGCUCAGACGUCCGAAAACCCCCUUCAGAGUCCGUUCUGCAGCCAUCCAAGAGGAAACCCCCCUCAACGACUGGAAUGACCCUCCCUCCACGCAGGCAGACUGAUUAAAGUCACCGAGCUGUCAGGCCUGUCCAUCCACAGACUUCCACUUCAAAAAUAAAGCCUUGCUUUGGCUGACCACAGCUGGGGGGGGAGGGUGAACUCUCACUGUUCCAGUUAAGUGAUAUACAAAGAUUAGAAAUGGUUGUGGCUUCUUUCUGCAAAAGUCUAACUUUAACCUUCAUGUGACGCAGUCUUUUAAUCUUUGUUCCAUCUGCAGUCAUUUUUUAUGGGAUUGAAAAUUUUAGAUAAUUAUUUUAAAGUCCUUCUGUGAGUGAGAAAGAGUGUUUGAACUUUGUGCUUUCUUUCUGUUAAUCUGUAAAUUCAUGAAUAUGAUUGUAAUUUUGUAAUUUAUACGAUGGUGAAAGUGUUUCAUUGUGUUCCAAAAUGUUAGUUUACCUGCAUUCAAUGAACUGUGAGUGUUUUUUUAAACAUCCUGCUCAUUAAACCUUUGUGGUUUGUGUAUUUUUAAAAAAA